GUUCUGUAACCCUCUUUUUUUCACUGUGCGCUGGUCAUUACCAGUUUCCUUGAGAGUUAACAGAAGUGUUCUAGUCAGUACAGGUGAGUGGGAUGCCACUGUCAAGCUCAGAGGAAGGACUGUUUUAUAGCCAAACAUGAUUCCUCCCUAUGACCUUGUACCUUAAAGGACUCUUCUCAAAUUACCAUGUAGGUAAGUCCAGUUUGUUGCUAACCCUUUUGAUCUGGCAGCAAAGGAAUGCUUGUAAGCUAGAGCUUUAACAUGGAAUCAUGAAAACAGCUGUGAGAACAGAUUGGCCUAUUGACUGAUCAUAUCACAAAAGCACUGCCCUGGCAGCCAACUUUGAAGUGGUUUCCCCCAUGCAGUUCCCAGAAGAAAAAGGCAUGGAGAAGAGCUCCCUGUGCCAGGACCAGCUGUUCCCUAGGAGUGUCUGGCUGGAGCCGUAUGAUCUUAUCAACAUAGUUUGGAGCUGUAUCUAAACACUGACAAAGCCUCUGGUGCAGCAAUGACUGUCGUAGAGGAAAAUCGCCCUUUUGCCCAACAAUUAUCCAAUGUCUACUUUACAAUACUUUCACUUUUCUGUUUUAAGCUGUUUGUGAAAAUCAGCCUCGCAAUACUCAGUCACUUCUACAUUGUAAAAGGGAACAAAAAGGAGGCUGCAAGGAUAGCUGCUGAGUUUUAUGGAAUUCCUCAAGCACAAGGAUCUUGGGCUGAUCGCUCACCACUGCAUGAAGCGGCAAGCCAGGGACGCCUCCUUUCUCUAAAAACUUUAAUUGCACAGGGUUACAAUGUAGAUGCUCUAACAAUCGAUCAAGUGACUCCAUUGCAUGAAGCGUGCCUAGGAGAUCAUGUUGGGUGCGCUAGAAUCCUUCUUGAGGCAGGAGCAAAUGUAAAUGCUACAACAAUUGAUGGAAUGACCCCCCUGUUCAAUGCAUGUUCAAGAGGGAGUGCAUCUUGUGUGGAGCUUCUCUUGGAGUAUGGUGCCAAAGCUCAGUGGGAGACAUGCCUUCCCUCUCCAACUCAUGAAGCAGCCAGCAGAGGUCACAGUGACUGCCUAGAGCUGCUAAUCUCUUGGGGUAUAGAUGUUGACCAAGACAUUCCUCAUCUGGGAACCCCUCUAUACGUAGCUUGUAUUUCACAGCAGAAACAAUGUGUUCACAAGCUUCUGCAUGCAGGUGCAAAUGUGCAAAAAGGAAAAUUUCUGGAAACUCCACUACAUGCAGCCGGAAGGCAAUCUAGUACAGAAAUAGUAAACAGUCUACUUGAAUUUGGAGCAGACAUCAGUGCCAAAAAUGCAGAGUUUGAACGACCUGUAGAUGUAGCUUCUCCACGCAGCUUGGUAGAAAGAGUAUUGCUUCUACAUGAAGCUACCCCAAGUUCUCUUUGCCAGUUGUGCAGAUUACGUAUUCGAAACUAUAUAGGAAGAUCAAGAUUAAACCUUGUGCCACAUCUCCAGUUGCCAACCAUAUUGAAAGACUUCUUGCAAUACAGAUAAAGUAGCAAGUAGUUCUGAAAGACUUGAUAAACAAGUGUUGUAUGUUGCACAUAAAAAUCUGUGGGGAUGAGGAAGAUGUCAUAAAUAGAUUUUUACAUAC